GCCCUUCCAUAUUUGCUUCUUCUUCCUCCUCCUUUGUCUUCUCCGAACAUGUGCACCAACAUUAUCUUAUCCGUGUUCAACGAGUUACUAGCAAGAGGCUUCUUUGAAAUUUUGGAUUUGGCCUUUAAUGAUCUUGGAGUCAUAUUUCUUGAUGGCCCUGCUUCGUUCUUGUUAGAAUCUGGUUUACUAGAUGCCUCUUCAGUGGUUGUUGGCCUCCUACAAUACACAAAUACUUCUUAUGGUGUUUCUUGCAAUUGUUUCACUGCUAUUGGCGGGUUUCUUUAGCUAUCAUGCAAAGCUUUGUCUCACAAAUACUACCACAAAUGAGACUUUCAAGUGGCAAGAGUACAUAAGUUGGCAGGGGAAGAUAAAUGAAGCAAAGGCGAGUGCUGCAGCCCUCAAAGCGAGUAUCAAUGGGAUGAGUACCGAAGGAAAGCCUCCAGAAAGCAAAUGGAGAACCUUCUUUCGAAAAUCCCCAUUGGAAGAUGUGCAGGUUGUUAAAAAUAACAUUUAUGAUAAAGGAUUUUUUCACAAUCUUCAUGAGAUCAUCUUUCCCCCCUCAAUGAGAUCCUCAUUUCUGCAAUCUAAAUCAAAGUCGGGCUGAAUUGCCUUUACUCUUUUGCUUGGCUGGGUUUUCUUAAGAUGCUUUGGUGGCUUGGUUAGCCUGUUCCUGAAAUUGCUGAUUUGUAGAUGGCUGGCUAAAGAGCUCAGAGGAACGAUUGUAAAUGAGAAGCUUUUUUCUGCAUUACUUAUCAUUGGAACUAUAAUCUAUGGCUAUGGUCCAUUGCAUGCUAAAAAAAUUGAUAGUAGUGAAAUACAGAAAAUCUCAUCAUAAAUUUAAUUAUUGAGAUUCACUGUUAUGUUAUAGGAAGAAGUAUCAUGUCGCUGCAGUGUGUAAGUUUUGAUCUACUUACGGAAAACUCUCUAGAAAAGAAA